ACAGAUCAUUCUGCAGCAUCUCCGUCAUGUCAGUUGUCAAUCAGCACGAUUAAAAAGUCACCGCGCCUGCUCUAAUCUAAUAAGUUUUAUCCAAAUAUAAGUGAUCUGUUUCUUUUGAUGCUCAGUAUAUAACAAUCUGGAUCCAAACUUCCCGUUUCAAAAGGAAUUCAUUCCAUUCCCCUCCCAAAAAACGUCUCAAAUGUUGUCUCGUUUCUCCGCUCGGGAAGGGGAGAUAGUUGCUCAAACUUUACUCACACCACUCGCUCGCUAAAUAUCUUGGUCUCCUCUUUAAAAACAAUAUGCAAGUGGUUUUAAUGAACAGUGUGUCCUGCAAGUGCCGAGGCACCUCAGAUGUGAUGUAUGUGGCGUUUCAUUGUAAAAUUUAUCAUUUUUUUAGAGAAUGAAAAGAGGAAUACAAGAACAACUUUAAUCAGCACUUUUUAACUUUCUUUUUCUGCAUCAGAUAAUUUCUUGGGGGUAAAACAAAACAAAACAAAAAACAGGAAGUCAUUGACAUUUUAUGAAACACCAACUCUUCAAAAAUCGUUGAUAUUGAGCAGAACCAGUCAGCUCCCAGUCCCGUCUGAACCUUGCUUGAAUAUUCGCACCCUCCGCACUGACACUGCGAGAGUCUGGUUUAAUCCGGCUGGAUUCUCCAUGGCAAACCAAACCUCGGCAGAGUUCAUCCAUCCCUUCGAGGUGGGUGAGGAGAACCCAAUUUGGAGAAAGGGUAUGAUGAGUCACAUGGGGUCUAAAUACCCACGCAACAAGUCUUCCAGGCUGCUGUACAUAACGACGGGGAUCUGUGCUCUGCUGCUAUUGGCUAUCAUCAUCUCCGUGUCUGUCAUCAACAUGAACAUAGGCAGGAAGUUUGCUGCAUUGGAGGAAAAAGUGACCAACCUAAGCGCAUCAGUGUUCUUGGAAUUGCAAGGAUCGAAAGCCGUCUACAUGAACAUAGGCAGGAAGUUUGCUGCAUUGGAGGAAAAAGUGACCAACCUAAGCGCAUCAGUGUUCUCGGAAUUGCAAGGAUCGAAAGCCGUCUACAUGAACAUAGGCAGGAAGUUUGCUGCAUUGGAGGAAAAAGUGACCAACCUAAGCGCGUCAGUGUUCUCGGAAUUGCAAGGAUCGAAAGACGUCUACAUGAACAUAGGCAGGAAGUUUGCUGCAUUGGAGGAAAAAGUGACCAACCUAAGCGCGUCAGUGUUCUUCGGAAUUGCAAGGAUCGAAAGCCGUCUACAUGAACAUAGGCAGGAAGUUUGCUGCAUUGGAGGAAAAAGUGACCAACCUAAGCGCAUCAGUGUUCUCGGGAUAAGUGUGGAAUGCGACGAUUUUACUGCUGCUGCUAUUGGCUAUUAUCAUCUCCGUGUCUGUCAUCAGUGA